AUGCCGGACUUCUACAGUUGCCGUGAUACUGAUGACAUUUGGGAAAUAUAUGUCAUCAGCAACAGAGACAUCAACUCAAUGCGGGUGCUCGACGAGUGGCUUACCUUCGUCGACACUGAUGAAGUCUUACCGCUAUUUGAGAAACCGAACAAGAACUACGAUAUUCCCAGAUUGAGUUCUAAAGACUGGGCAGACUACCCCGAGACAGUAGUUGCCGUGGUUCGCGACAAAGACUUUGCUCACCUCCAAAAACUGAAGUCUGUGUCAGACCUUUCGACCAUCCUUGGUUUGCUCAAUGAUCAUGGUGAAAAGAAGAUGCUUUUGGACACGUUCUCGCAUGUUCUUGCUUUUGAAGCAAGCUCCGCCCUCUCGCUAGACCGGACGAUCGUAGCGUCGACUCUCCUCGACUUCCUACCGAAUGCGGUGUACCUGAUACCCGCAUUCUUCCACUCUCAAACGUGGGAGACUCACAGGUCCUCGUUGGACGAACACCUUAUCCAUCUGGCCUUUAGUCUACUGAGACAUCUCGUCCUUUUGUCGGAGGAGAUGGAUACUUUCAUCCGGCGUUCAAUCCAAAUCCUGUUGCAAGAACUGAAGUGCAUCUCGUUGAGAGAGUUCGCCGACAUCGUGGAGCUCAUUUCGCUUACGGUCCGCUCUUCAGAAACGGCCUUGGAUCUUCUUCUUGGGGUGUUAGAGCCUGAAAGCUCGCGGCUUCUGGUAGGACGGCCGACUGCAAUUCGGCAAUUCACGUCAUCGUUGUUCGGCAUCGCGCUUGACCAUGUAGAUGAAGCAUCUAGUGCUCGCGAGCAAAAGUCGCAAGAGUUUUUCGAGCUGCGCCUGGAUGGCCAUAGCGACGGCUACGCAAUGGUCAAGGGCACACUUCGUAUCGACUCUUCCUUGAAUGGAUUGCUCAAAACUGGCGAUCACGUUCGUCUUACAACAUCCGAUCCACCGCAGAAUGAUGUUAUCGCAAGGCUCUUCUCGAUGGAUGCUGUUGUGUCAUCAGCUGAACCAGGCAAGGUUGCAUUUCGGUGCCUUCAUCAUCCGCCGUCGUACCUUGGCAAGUGCGCUUGCAGUGUUACGCAGUGUGGAUCUUUCGUUACAAGCAAGACCUCGUUCGACGCUGUAACUACUUUCUACACGGAGCGCGAAGCUUGUAGUGCCAUCUACGCUAAGCUUCUCGGUGUUCCUCCGCCAAACCAAGAUAAGUCGAUUGGCAUCGAGCUACCGGUGACUGUCGCCCCAUCACUGAACGGAAGUCAGAAUGCAGCGCUCAUAGCUUCGAUGAAACAUUCAUUGACGUUCAUCUGGGGCCCUCCGGGUACAGGAAAGACUCACACAAUUGUCGUCAUUAUUACCCAGUUGCUGGAAAAAUUGCCCAAAUUACGAUUCCUCGUUACUGCGCCAACACAUAAUGCGGUGGAUAAUAUGUUGAGGAGGUUCGUGGCCUACCCUGAAGCGAAGAAUGGUGGCAUUGUCCCUGUUCGGGUAUCGACGCAGCUUUCCAAAGUCGCUCAGGACUUACGUACAUACACGUGUGACGCCAUGGCCGGCAAAGACCUAAGCGCGAACUUCCCAGCUAGGCGUAAGGCGCAAAAGCGGAUCAAAGAGGCCCGUCUCGUGUUUACUACGUGCACUGGAGCUGCAUUAGGUUUGCUUCGUAAUGAGGCUUUCGAUGUCGUUAUCAUUGACGAAGCCUCACAGCUUACUGAGCCCGCAACCCUGGUGCCUCUUGUCAAAGGGUGUUCGCGUGCGAUAUUAGUUGGAGAUCAUGUCCAGCUUCGCGCCACGGUUCAACAAACUGCUGUGGUAACCGGUUAUGACGUCUCACUCUUUGAACGCCAUUAUAAUCUAGCACCAAGAGAAGGCGUCGCAAAGGUCAUGCUCGACAUGCAGUAUCGCAUGCACCGCUCCAUCUGCGAUUUCAGCUCCUCCGAGUUCUACGACAGUAAACUCCAUACUGCUGUAGCUGACAACGCGCGUCCACUGCCUCCUUCGCUCUUUCCCUGGCCCAAGACAAAUCGUAUGGUUUGGGUUGAAUGCGCUGCACCUGAAGACCUUUUCCAGCAAUCCAAGUCGAAUGCUGGCCAAGGCGACGUCUGCAAACGUAUCAUUCAGCUUCUGAAGGCAUCACCGGCAUCUAGUGGCUCGACUGCAACCCCAAAGGACUCCAUCGAAACCCCUACUAUCGCAAUAUUGACACCGUACACUCGUCAGAAGACUCUGCAUACAACAACAAUUCCGAAUGCUGAAGUCUACUCCAUCGAUAGCUUCCAGGGUCGUGAGGCUGACAUCAUCGUGUUUGUAACCGUUCGGUGCAACGCUCAUUACGCUUUGGGAUUUCUGGAUGACAUGCGACGGCUGAAUGUGGUCAUGACAAGGGCGAAAGCUGGUGUUGUGUUGGUUGGGCACAAAAACACGUUGACAGGUGUAGGGGCGGCGGAGACUGUAGACGAUAGCAAGCUGGUUUGGAGGAGAUUACUAGAGCGGUGCGAGGUUGUGGAGUUGCCAGCUCAGGCCGAGGACAGUGGUUCCACUCACUGA